UUACAGUUGUCAUGUAUCCCAGAGGAUACCAGUGGCCUUGAGCGCAUCAUGCUUGCUGCUCAAGGUGACCUGCAACGACUUCUGAGCUCAUUUUUUGCUCGGCCAAUAUUUAUUGAGCUCGUUUAUGCCAAUGGCUCGCCACGGCUGAGACCAGCAUCGUCCGAGCAUCCCAUAACCCAGUCACGGCAGGUACAUCUAGUAUGUGCUUCUAGAGUCGUCUGCACUGCUACCUCGACCGUCACCAUCACAAACCCCGACUUCGAACGUCUAUUUCUAGACGAUAAAUUCCCCAUUGGCCAAACAUUCCGCAAGAUGCAGCGCAACCCACAAUUUACCCUCCUUGACGUCCAGACACAGGUCGUCUGUGGCAAACGGGAACUGCGCAGGACGUAUACGCUCGAGACGGAGGGUUUCCUCUGUGAGAUUCUCGAAGUGUUCCCUGAUAGAGACAUGUUUGUUCGCGGAGAGGUAUGGCUCACUGAGAGCAAGCUGGAGCUCGAAAACAGUUGCGCUGUGGAGAGUCAGGAUUUGAAACCCCAGUGGCUUCCUGUCAGCACCGGCAACCCUGUCUGCUAG